AUGGGCUGGAUGCCGACCCAGGGUCGGCUGGUGGCGGGGCUGCUGGUGAACCUGGCCGCCUCCAUCUGCAUCGUCUUCCUGAACAAGUGGCUGUACGUGCGGCUGGGCUUCCCCAACCUCAGCCUCACCCUGGUGCACUUCGCCAUCACCUGGCUCGGCCUUUACCUGUGCCAGGCGUUCGGCGCCUUCUCUCCUAAGAGCCUGCAGCCCUCCCAGGUGCUGCCCUUGGCCCUCAGCUUCUGCGGCUUCGUCGUCUUCACCAACCUGUCCCUGCAGAGCAACACCAUCGGUACCUACCAGCUAGCCAAGGCUAUGACCACGCCGGUCAUCGUGGUCAUCCAGAGCCUGGCGUACGGAAAGACCUUCCCUCUCCGCAUCAAACUUACCCUGGUCCCCAUCACGUUGGGCGUUUUCCUUAACUCCUACUACGACGUGAAGUUCAGCAUCCUCGGGAUGGUGUUCGCCACCUUGGGCGUCUUGGUGACCUCUCUCUACCAAGUGUGGGUGGGAGCUAAGCAGCAUGAGUUGCAGGUAAACUCCAUGCAGUUGCUGUACUAUCAGGCACCAAUGUCCUCAGCUAUGUUGUUGUUCAUCAUACCCUUCUUUGAGCCAGUCUUUGGAGAAGGAGGAAUUUUUGGUCCCUGGACUCUUUCUGCUGUGAUAAUGGUACUGCUGUCUGGAAUCAUAGCCUUUAUGGUAAACUUGUCCAUUUACUGGAUCAUUGGAAAUACAUCACCUGUCACGUACAACAUGUUUGGACAUUUCAAGUUCUGCAUCACCCUUCUGGGAGGGUGCCUCUUGUUUAAGGAUCCUCUGUCUUUUAAUCAAGGCCUUGGGAUUCUGUGCACAUUGUUGGGCAUCUUAGCUUACACCCACUUCAAGCUCAGCGAGCAGGAAAGCAAUAAGAGCAAAUUGGUUCAGCGUCCCUAG